AUGUCAACUUUGCGUGUGCUCUGUCGAGAUCAGCCUCGGCGAUCUAUUGCACUCGCUACGGACGAUUGUGUUCUUGAAAUCACUCAACCCAAUGUAGACUACGGCCGCAACGGGCCUACCACAAAACAUCAGGACACAAACCGGUGUCUCCUAGAGGCGCAUUUUCGCUCAUUCUCGGAUCUUCAAGGAUAUCGACUUUUGGGAGAGGGCCGGGGCACUCUUGGAUUGAUUUCUUUGAAUCGCGAUGUCUUCAUCUGUGUCGUAACCAGCUCUUCUCGGGCAGCUACUGUGCGACCUGGAGAGACAGUCUUGAAAAUUGAAAACGUCGAAUUUUACUGUCUUAAUCGAUCGGAUUAUGAAUAUGGGGAGGAGUACCAAACUUCGUCCCGUUUCGCUGUGGAAGACAUCGGCUCUGACGAUCUUCAUGAUAUCAAAGACAUAGUCACUGACCACCCCUUUAUUGCUCUCAAGAAAUUGUUCGGUGAUGGCAGUUUCUAUUAUAGUCGUGAUUUCAAUCUUACGGAGCGUGUGCAGGACCGGUCGACUACUUCAUCCGUCAUUGAUAUUGAUGGCUUGAAUCAAGACAUGCUUUGGAAUUCCUAUAUGAUAGAUCCUUUGUUAAUUUUCCGCAGCCGUCUGUCAACGCACGAACGGGAAAAACUUGAUACUUCUCGCAUUCUGACGUCGGUAAUAAGAGGCUUUGCCGGUACAUUGGCAAUACCAGCUGCUGGGCUUCGAAUAACACAUUUGGCUUCAAAUCUACCGUCAAACUUGACUGUCAUAUCCCGCUUAUCGGCCCGUCGCGCUGGCACCAGGUUCAAUUCCCGUGGAAUUGACGAUGACGGAAAUGUUGCAAAUUUCGUAGAAACCGAAACGAUUUUAUGGAGCCCACCCGGAUUAACGUUCUCUUAUGCACAGGCACGAGGCUCUGUGCCUAUCUUUUGGGAACAAACGCCUGGCCUUAUCCCUGGUCAACAGAAGAUUGAAAUAUCUCGCUCGUUUGAGGCAACACAACAUGCUUUCGACAGACAUUUCGAUUUUCUGGAACUGAACUACGGUGCCGUUCAUAUUGUGAAUCUUCUCAGUGAUACGAAGAAUAGCGAACUAAGUCUAUCAUCAGAGUUUCGCAAGCAUGUUGCAAAGAGAUCCGACGCACAUCAAAAUGGUUCUUUGACGUCAUUCGAUCACUAUCUACUGCGAAUGACCGAUUUCGAUUUCCAUGCAGAAGCCAGGGGUCCGCUUGGCUAUGAGGUGAGCAAUCAAAUAUAUGAGAUACUCAAGCGUGCUCUUGACGGGUUCGGGUAUGCCUUAAUUGAAACUGCCAGCAAUGAAAAGAGGUCAUCACUUUCGGGUCGCAAUCGCGAAGUGCCCCGGGUGAUCUUGCAACAAGAAGGCAUUUUUAGAACCAACUGUCUUGACUGCCUCGACAGGACCAACCUUGUACAGACCAUCAUCAGUUUGAUGGCUCUGGAAAUGUAUCUUCACCAACGUGGGAGUGAUAUGGUGCCGGAAAUACGAAUGAGACAUUCAAGCUUGUGGGCUGAUAAUGGAGACGCACUAUCCAAAGUUUAUGCCGGCACUGGGGCUCUCAAAUCAUCGUUUACAAGACACGGUAAAAUGUCAUUAGCCGGUGCCUUUGCGGAUGCACGCAAGAGCGCCACUCGUCUUUAUGUCAACAAUUUCGCCGACAAGGCUAGACAAAAUACUAUAGAUAUUCUACUUGGGCAUUUGAGUAAUCAAGUGCCCGUUGAGCUUUACGACCCUAUCAAUGACGUUGUCGCGGCAGAACUUGAGCAUCGAGCCGAAGAAUAUACAUCAUCGAAAAAUAUCAGAAUAUGGGUGGGUACUUUCAACGUCAACGGUAAAGGUGAGGGGACUACGACCGACCUUUCGCCAUGGCUUCUGGGGAUGCGUGGGAAAGGUGGUGAUAACCCAGCUUUGGUCGUUGUUGCAUUUCAGGAAAUAGUAGAGCUCAGCCCUCAGCAAAUCAUGUCGACCGAUCCAAAACCGCGGAUGACUUGGGAAAAUUCAGUCAGGAACUGCCUCAAUGAGUAUGCGGAUCGUAUGGGGACCAAUAGAUAUGUGCUGCUAAGAAGCGGUCAACUUGUUGGUGCCGCCCUCCUCGUUUAUGUGCGGGAAGACGCCCUUGGCGAUAUCAAAAACGUAGAGGGUAGUGUCAAAAAGACCGGUCUUUCAGGAAUGGCGGGAAAUAAGGGAGGCUGCGCCAUACGUCUCGAGUACUCGAACACCAAGAUAUGCUUGGUGACUGCCCAUCUUGCUGCAGGGUUUGCAAAUUAUGAUGAAAGAAAUAAAGACUAUGCAACAAUUAGCAACGGUGACUUUAACUACCGCAUCGGCCUUGACAACCAAGAAGUGCGGCAAUUGAUCAAAAAUCAUGAGUUUGGCAAAUUAUACGAACAUGAUCAGUUGAAUCUUCAAAUGCUAGCAGGAAGAACAUUUCCGUUCUACUCUGAGGGGUUAAUAAGAUUCGCGCCCACGUAUAAGUACGACCUAGGAACCGAUAACUACGAUACCUCAGACAAAGGUCGAAUACCAGCAUGGUGUGAUCGAGUGUUAUGGAAAGGAGGGGGCCUAAAACAGAUCGAUUAUGCCGCCGCCAAUAUAAAGACGUCAGAUCAUCGGCCUGUUUCAUCUCUGUUUGACUGUACAAUUAGCAUCAUCGACGAGGUCCAGAAAGACAGAUUGAAUAGAAUACUAUAUGAUCGGCAUCGCGCCGAAUUCGGUGCCAUGGUCUCCAGGGGCGAUCUACUAGAAGACGAUGACGAUGCUGUUCGCUCUUUCGGCAAUUCCCAGGGAUUACCACCGGCAAGUUCGGAUCGUCAUAAGUGGUGGCUUGACAAUGGCUCCGGCGCUCGUUCAGAUAUCGCACCGUUCGUGCAAGGAAAUGUGCCAAAUAUUGUGGGCAAAUCAAAUCCAUUUACCUGGAGCGAGGAAGACGAAUGGGUCAACCCUCAAGCUUUACUCGAUAUCGCAGACUCCAGGGACCACUCUAAGGUGGCGGUUGCAGAUAGCUCAAUGAGUAAAUCCCAGCGACAGCGCAAACCUGUUGCACUAAGCCAACCAGAUUCAACUCCGGCAAGCAUUAUAGAGUCUCAACGCGGUGGCGGUUGCAUCAGUGUUGAUGCUGGAGAACCUAAACCUCGUUUACCUCCCCGACCACCCACAUGGCAAACCGGCGAGAAUUUUUUACCACAACCCAUUAAACGAAGUGCCACGGCCGCGCACACGCCCACGAACCUCCUCGAUGAGGUGGAUCCUGCAAUAGAAAAGUGGAAACCAUUGCUCCCACACCGUUAA